CUGGACGCAGACUCUGGCGUCCCUGCCCCGCGUGGGUGGAUCCUACGGACGCUUGACCAGGAGAGGCGUCUGCAAAGAAACCCGAGCUCCUGGGCUAUAAACCUCCAGGCCAGCCCGGGGGACAGGAUGGAGAGGCCUGGCGCCUCCCGCCGAGGACUGGGCAGCAUGGCGCUGGGCCCUGCGCUCUGGCUGGGCCCUCUGCUCCUGGCUUCCCUCGGGGGGUCCUCGGCUCCAGCCUCGCUCCUCAGGCGCCUCGGCGAGCACCUGCGGCGUUUUCAGGAGAGCUCUGUCCUGGGCCUGAGCCCGGACCCGGGGGUGGCGGCCCGCCCCAGAGAGGGGUGGCUGGAGCAGCCCCUGGACCCCUUCAAUGCGUCUGACAGGAGGACCUUCCUUCAGCGGUACUGGAUAAGCGACCAGCACUGGGCCAGCCGGGAUGGACCCGUAUUCCUGAAUCUGGGGGGCGAGGGCAGCCUCGGGCCGGGCUCAGUGAUGAGAGGGCACCCUGCAGCCCUGGCCCCAGCCUUGGGGGCCCUGGUGAUAGGCCUGGAACACAGGUUUUAUGGCCUGAGCAUACCUGCUGGGGGCCUGAACAUGGCCCAGCUCCGCUUCUUGUCCAGCCGCCAUGCGCUGGCCGACGUGGUCUCCGCGCGCCUCGCGCUCUCCCGCCUCCACAACGUCUCCUCUUCCAGCCGCUGGGUCUGCUUCGGAGGCUCCUAUGCCGGCUCCCUGGCCGCCUGGGCGCGGCUGAAGUUCCCGCAUCUCCUCUUCGCCGCGGUCGCCUCCUCGGCCCCGGUGCGGGCCGUGCUGGAUUUCUCCGCCUACAACGAGGUGGUGUCCAGGAGCCUCACGAACACGGCGAUCGGCGGGUCCCCGGAAGUAGGAGUGGGCCCGUCCCUGGGGGCUGGAGAGGGGAGGCGGCCUUCAAAUUGGGGCCAGGGGGGAAAGUGCAGCCAGCUCGGCGCCGGGGUCUGGGGAGGUGGGACCCCCAGAGAUGCUCGGACCCUAGGAGCUGCCAGACCCUGGCUUGCAGGUGGGAGGGGAGACAUUUAUGAAUGUAUGUGUGUGAGUAUGUAUAUUGUCCCUCAGGUUGUCAUGCACAGCCUGGGCCAGAGGUGUUUAAGCUUUUCCCGAGCAGAGACAUUGGCACAGCUGAGGGUCACAGAACCCCAAGUGUCCGGCGUGGGUGACCGGCAGUGGUUGUACCAGACAUGUACUGAGUUCGGCUUCUAUGUCACCUGUGAGGACCCCACCUGUCCUUUCUCCAGACUCCCCGCACUGCCCUCCCAGCUGGAGCUGUGUGAGCAGGUGUUUGGGCUUUCAACCUGGUCCACAGUCCAGGCUGUGGCUCAGACCAACUCCUACUACGGUGGCCAGACCCCAGUGGCUACCCAGGUGCUGUUCGUGAAUGGGGAUAUGGACCCCUGGCAUGUGCUGAGUGUCACUCAGGACUUGGGGCCCUCCGUGUCAGCCCUUCUCAUUCCCAAUGCCUCUCACUGCUUGGAUAUGGCACCUGAGCGGCCCUCAGACACCCCCAGCCUCCGCCUAGGGCGCCAGAGCAUCUUGCAGCAACUGCAGACCUGGCUCAAGCUGGCAAAGAAGAGCUUGGUUAGGGGUGGGGUCUGAGCCCAGCACCCUCGUCACUCCCUGCAGCCGACCUCAGACCAGGACAUAUUUGUUCACUGGACAGGAGAAAGCAGCAUGUUUAAGAAGAGGAAAUUCCCAGGAAUUGGCAUUCAGCACCUGUUCCGCAUAUAACUGACUUGUGUAUGCAACCAUCCUCACUCCCAGCUAAAACAGCUCUGUUACAGACAAGAAGUUCUGCAAAUAUAACUGGGUGAUUAUUCUCAUUGUGGAUGUUGGUAUUUUAAUGGCAAAUGUCAGAGAAAUGUCACUGUUCAUGCUGGUGCCCUCCCCCCACUAAUCAGAU